AGCUGUAUUGAUACAGGAGCGCGAUUAAGAUAUCGCAUAUUCUAAUUCGCACGUCAACCAUCUAUAUUUAUGCGUUAUUUGAGAUUCAAAAUCUUGGGAAUUUACACACCAUCGAAGGAGAAUCAUUUGAUUAUAACAAGGAAUGAGAUAAAACGACAGAUAUUUUAAUUAAAGAAACUGGUUUUGGAGGAGAGAAUUCAAGUGCUAUCAAGGUUAUUCUCAAUCAUUUACCUUGGAUUUUUGGGAGAAUUGUAUUUUCUUUUGAGAACGAUACUAACAUGGAAUGAUUUGAUCACAUAGGAUAUGAAAUUAUUAAUGGAUGAAAAUUGUUGGCGAAAAAGUUAGGCGAUUUAAGAUAUUGUUCUGACAUAAAAUGUGUUUAACCGAUGGAUGUGCCUUAAAAUACUUGGGGAUUGUAUGAGGAUGCUAUCAACUGAAAACGCAACAAAAUGUUGCAUAUUCAUUCUCAUUUGUGUGUUUGCAUCAGCUCAUUCUUACGCUGUAAACAUCAGAGAUGUGAACCAAGGAGGAAAUUUAGUCAUGGAACCCGAAGAAGCAAUUGUCUAUCCAGGACGUAACAUAACUUUCACUUGCACCUAUCAUUCAAAUUUAACUUUCAUUUGGGAUUUCACGUCUAUGAUUCAGAAUUAUAACUUCGUCGAGGGCGCUUAUCUUUCAUCAAAAGACCAUGUUCUAUACUAUAGUAAACUCAACAUUUACUCAACGACUCGUCUUAUGUCUGGUGAAAUCACGUGCUCGAUUGCCGAAGACAAAGCGAAAGCAGUAGCCUUUUUAAUAGUAAACGGUGUUAGAAAUGGAGGUUCCUGUCAAACAUCAUCUGAUUGUGUGACGGACAAAUCCGUUUGCCAGAAUGGACUUUGUGAAUGUCCCCUCAACCAUGUACGCCUGCAUGUGAAAGACAGAGGCUAUGAUAUAUGCAGGGAAAUGAUUUACAGUCUCUACGAUCCUUGCGAGUAUGAUGAACAGUGUGCUCAUUUGGUGGAUUCCAGAUCUGUCUGUAAAUCUGUGUGCGUAUGUGCACCCUGGGCACGUGACAUAAGAGGGCGAUGUGUCCUAAUUAGUGAAAUUGCGUACAAUCGAAGUCAAGAGAUGUACAGAGUUGGAUUAAUCGCCGUGACGUGCAUAAUUAUUCUUAUUGUUGCAGUAUCACUGUGGGUGACACUCCGAAAUAUCUUUUUCAGAUCUUGUCAAGACCAAAAUUUGGAUGGUCAAAGAAGAUCAAUAACGCAAGCAGAUUUUGAUUUCCCUACAAGAUUUUCAAUAGAUCUCACAUCUGACAAACCACCCUCUUACGAUGAUAUUCUCGUUAAGGAAGAAGAAGAAGAAAAUAAAAUUGCGAAUCCCCCCAAUUUCAAAGAUGCUCUAAAGCACUGCAUGACGGCUAAAAGAUUACUCAGACAAGUUUCAGCUCCAGCUGGAGUCGUACUUCCGACGGAUUCACCGAUUUUGAAAACUGAAAGCAAAAUAAACAAAGAAGUUUAAAUCAGAAACAAAAGCGUGGCGUAAAAUCUCUCCAAUUUUGUCGUACUAGGGCACCUAUUAUAAAUAUAUAAGAUGGUAAAUUUUGUUGCUUCCAUGUGUUUUAGCAAUCGGUAGUUUUAUGUGGAGUUUGAACAGUAAAAAAUAUUGUUUAUAUAAUAAUAAUAAUAAUAAUUUUAUUGUGAAUGCUGUUUGUUUAGAAGCAGUAAUGUUAUUCAGUGAGUUUUGGUACGAGUCUACUUCUUUGAAAACAUGAUAAUCACUGAUGUUUGUGCAAGCAGUUCUACAAGAGCGUUUUUGUAUUGAAAAAGAAAAGCCAAAAUAUGAAGGGGAAAAAAUAUUAUUGCUAAUUCAUUUCACGACGAAAAUUUUAUUUUUUGUAUCAUUGUGAAAGUUUUCUCAUUCACAUCCGAGCUGCAAAUAUUUUUGAAGCAUUUCGCCUCUUCGGGAGUAGCGAAUUAUAUAUGCAUUCUCAGGGUGGCGACCACCAAAGUAAAAAAUGUAUAGUCCAAACUAUUUCUUAAACAGAUUAUUUGUGAGGGAGAAAUUAACAGCUUGAUAACCGAUUAAAAUCACCACUAUUUAGUUCAAAACAAAAAUUAUUAAGUUAGAUUUCAAACUGACGUUGAUUAGAUAUUUUAGAAUUAAAGUAAAAGCAAAAAGAAGUCUGUUAAAUUAAUUUUCCCUACAUUUAAGCUACCGCUUUUUAUUUAUUUUUUUCAAUCUGGUUCUACACGAAUGCAUCUAUGACUUGCCCAUCCCAAAAAGGUUAAGCAAAAACAUUAUGUUUGAAAUUACUUUACUGUACUACACUGAACAACUAAGAUGUGUAUUUAUGCUUAUAUCCGGCAUAUGAUUGUUAACACUUUCUAGAAAAGUGAUAUUUAAAAGUGAUGAGAAAAGAAAUUGUAAAUAUAUGAAUAAAAGCUGUUAUUUGUUGAGUUUUA